AUGGCAGAACGCGCGUCACAGAUUGCUGGCCAUCUCAACUACCCCAAGGGUCUGCUUGCCGGCCAAGUAGCUAUCAUCACAGGCAGUGGGCAAGGCAUUGGUGCUGAAGCAGCUCGUCUCUUUGCAAAUGAGGGUGCCAGGGUUGUUAUAUCAGAUAUCGACGCUGCUAAAGCAAAAGGUGUGGCUGAGAGCAUCAACAAGUCAGGUGGAAAUGCAAUUGCCGUUGUUGGGGAUAUGCUAGAUGCUGAAUACCUGAAGACUCUUGUCAAGAAGGCAGUAGACUUCGGAAAUGGCAAGAUUAACAUUAUUGUGAACAAUGCUGGCUAUACUUGGGAUGGCGUCAUACAUAAAAUGACGGACAAACAAUGGGACAACAUAAUUGCCCUCCACAACACCGCGCCCUUCAAGCUCGUCCGCGAAGCCGCCCCUUAUUUUCGCGUUACCGACGGCGAGCCACGUUGCAUCAUAAACAUCUCCUCCACCUCCGGCGUCCACGGCAAUGCCGGACAAGCCAACUACAGCCUCGCGAAAUCUGGAAUCAACGGCCUCACAAAAACGAUUGCAAAGGAAUGGGGCCCCAAGUUCGGUGUUCGAGCAAACUCGAUUGCCUUUGGACAUAUCUUGACUAGGUUAACGGCUGCAAAGGAGGACGGUGCAUUUGUCACUACGCCUGAUGGAGAGACUAUUGCUCUGGGCAUACCGAAGGGACAGGGCUCGCAAUCCACGGAUGCGAAUCUUGAUAUUCCAUUGAGGAGGGCGGGUACGGCUACAGAGGCGGCGAGCAGUAUUCUUAUGCUGGCAAGUCCGCUGUCUAGUUACAUCACUGGGCAGGUCAUCAUGGUUACUGGAGGUAGGAAUAUCUAG